CAUACCAGGUCGGCAGGCCCCGUCGCGUCCCCCUCUUCGUCUCCGGCCUCCGACUCCGCCACGAAUGCCGGAGCCGCAGGCCAUCCUCCCGCUCCGCGCGCUCCCGCCGGACGCGCCGCUCCCCCUCCCCGUCCCCGCGCCGUUCCACCCCCAAACCCCUACCCCCGCGUCGGCCGCCCCGGCCACGCCCCCGAACCCGACCCCUCCCCAACCCCAGACCCCCGCCGCGCCGCCUCCCUCCUCGACGCGACCUCCGCACCCAUGGGAGAUCGCCGCCCGCGCCUGGCUCGAGUCCUUCCCCGACGGACGGCCGCCCACCGAGCCCGAGGUCGACGUCUACAUCGACGCCCACCGCCCCGAGCUCCCAUCCCUCCCCCGCUCCCAGCUACACCAGCGCCUCCUCGCCCUCCGCGGUGACCAGGUUUUAGAUGCAGACCAGAGUGCAUUCCCCUACAGGUUCCAGCGAACUGAUCUAUGGAAGCCUGUGUACCAGUGGUUGGAAUCUCUUGAGAUGGACUCACUAGUUGCAACACAGCAAAUAUCUGACUGGCUUACAUCGAACCCGAAGAUAAUGGACAGGCUGGUUGAGAAGCAUUCAAAAUACCAUUUGAUUCAUUAUACCCAGAGGAUGCAUUUGAAGAUGCUAAAAAAGAAGGGGAAGUUGCCAAAGACACUACAGCUUUCUGCGGCUAGAGCCACAGCUCAACCGAGUGCUGCUCCAGUCGCUCCAGUAGAAAACAUAGCGCCAUUGCAGAAAACAACACCUCCAGUAACAGGUAGGAUACCAAGUAGCAGUGCAGGCAGACAACACAGUGGUGCCACAGGCAGAUUUCAAGGUGGAAAUGCAACUCUUAGGGACAAGAAGACAUCAUUGUCCAAAAAGAAAGAAGCUUUGCUCAAAUAUGAACUUUUGACAGACUUGCAGAACCAAUUGACUGCUGUGCUGUUAAAGCAAUGCCGUACCGUUGCCAUUAAAGAAGCAGAUUCAUCAUAUGUGGAAUUUCAAAAUCCAGAGGCUAACAUGACUGUACAAGAAGGUGCCACUAUUGCAAGUCCAUCAGCCCCUUCAGAGGCAACAGAGGUUUUUGUCAAUGAAAAGUCAAUACCAGCAGGAGCCACAGAAAGUGAACUUGGGCAAAAGAGGAAGAGAAACCCUAUCAUUGUUACACCUGCAUGGUGUUAUAGUGAAGCAUCGACAGAAACCGUGCGGAAUGAACAAAAUUCUAGUUCAAAUAGUGACACUGCAAGAAAUUUCAAUAUUUGGAAAGGACAUGCUAAUCCACUGUUCUCACAUAGAGAUAAUAAGAAGAAUAUAUUGUUCUGUCUUGAGGGACGUGAAACUGGUGCCAGUUGGUCUCAAGCUUCUUCUUGUGGAGGUUAUGCUGGACGAAAUUCUGAAAGAUGGACUCCAUUUCUUGAAGGAUGGAAUUCACCUGCAGUCCAAUUUGAAGGGCCUGCAGUACCUCUUGUGAGAAAAAAUUACCUGUCUUGGUGUCCAACUUCAUGUGCUUAUACAUCAAGCGCUCCUUCUGCUCAGCCCCAUGACAGGCAAGGUGUCCGCAAAGUUCUUGAUGUAAAAUUUCAUCCAGAAGGGUUGCCUCAGCUUGUUUCUAGCUCUAAUGAGGCACCCAACGAGUUAUUGCUUUUCAAUCUUCUUUCUGGAAGGGCAAUUCAGCUCAGAGGCCACAAUACCAAGAUCCAGUCUGUCGGGUUUGCAGUCAAAGGAGCAAGUAUCGUAUCUUGUGCUUCUAAUUUAUUGAAGGUAUGGGACUGCAUUACAGGGUCUUGCCUCUAUACGCUGGGUGGUGAUAACCAAAAUUCAGUGGGGCAUACUCAAAAAAUUAGUGCUAUGGCAGUGAAUAAAUGGCAAUCCUGUCUUGUUGUCACUAGCGGAGCGAAAGGUGAUGGGAAGCUUCUACUAUGGAAUGCUUUAAGAGGCGAACUUGCUUCUGAUCUAAAUUCGAAUUUGAGGUCCCAGGAUAUGGUUUAUCCUUCAGUUGAUACAAUGGAGUUCUAUAGUGAAAAUCAUCUGGCAUGUGGAAGUGACUGUGACUAUGGUGGCUCAGCUGUGGUACAAUUAUGGGAUAUUGAUUCUCCAGAGUCUUACUUAUCUUUCUCUGCAAGUGAUUCUUAUAUUACUUCCCUUAAAGUCAACCCUGCUGGCAACACUAUCAUUACAGGUUCUGGUGAUGGUACUAUUGGCAUAUUUGACAUCCGUACUUGUUCUGCAACUAACCAUUUGUCAGUGGGAUCUGGUUGUGAGGUUACAUCUGUUUCAUUUAGCAACUGUGGCACCUAUUUUUCUGCUUCUAGCACAUCAAAUAAUACUUUGGUUUGGGAUACAAGAUUAGUCCCAAUAAAUCAAAGCAAGGAUGUUUCGCAAAGCAGAGACAUGCGGUUUUUUCGGCCUUUACAUUGCCUGAGCCAUGGGAAUCAGAUGCCUACUGCAGAAUUUACAAGCCAACUGCCAGGUCAUGUUGACGAGGGUGAUCAGGGGGUAAAUGCCACACAGUGGCUGCAUGGUGAACCUGUACUUGUUACUGUAAGUGGAGAUGGCAGCGUUGGAAUGUGGGAUGUUACUCUAGGUCAACCUUGCGUCAGACAUAUCGUCACUCAUACUCGAUGUGCUAAUGCGGUUGCUGUAGCCCCGAAUGACGAAUACAUCUCCACAGGAGGAAGUGAUCAGAAAGUUGUUUUAUACCAUAAUAGAAGUGGGCGCACACAUCUUAAUUGGCGUCUCUCUCAUCCUCUGCAAGGGAAUGAUUGAUAUGCUGCCAGAAAUCAUAGAAUUGUUCCACUAAUGUGCUGGUGAGUUCUCUGAGUCAGGUAGUAGUUGAACUUUGGCAGAAACUUGGCUGCUCCACAUGGAUGUGGAGCCAUGACUAUUGAAGCCUCUGCUUGAUGGACGACUGAAGCUUGUGUUAGGCCUUAACAUUAAUGUAUUCUCAUGCCUCUUUACAGUAGAGUCUGUAUCUUUUUAUUCUCCUGUAAAGAAAUGUUUAUGAAACCAACAUUAUCUCGACUGGUAAUAGGUGAAAUUCGUAGAUCCUGUUUGGAUAGGGGGGUUGGAAUCCAAACCCUUAGGAUCUAGUUCGAAGUUUAAACUAAAUUCCUAGAGCAACCCCCUUAUCCAACCACCCCUGUAUGAGCCAGGUUAGGUGAUUCCCUGUACCAAUACCAUCAACCAGUUGAGAACUCACCCGUUCCCUGUAUUUCUCUUCUUCUUUUUCUUUGAGUGUCAACAUGUAGUCUUUCAGCAUUGCCAGAAGCGGAAGCUGCAAAAGCUUA